GUUGCACCGGUUCCGUCUUCUCGAGUGGAUCCUCCGCAAAAUCGCGCUUAUCUGAGCUUCCUCUCAAGUCGCAGGAAUCUCCUUCGUCAAUCUCUUUCCUUUUUUGAGUUUCCUGGACCACAGUGCUUCAUGGGCCUUCACGUAAAUUCAGUGACUAUGACUUUGUGAGCUUUUCUCAAUGGAUUAAAGUGGCACAACAUAUGCUCAAGUGUUUCACAGGAAUUGAGCAAAAAUCAGUGGUUUGAGGUGUAAGAAAAUCAGUGAAGAAUUUCCCACGCAGACACUGUGAAAGGAAGAAAACAAAAAAAAUAACUGCAAAAAGACUCCAAGAAAGAAAAAUAAACUUCUCUCGCAAGUCUCAAUCAGACUGAAGCUUUUUUCACGCACAAGUGAACCCCCAAGUCUUUUAUUUUCUUCUGUUGGUUGUCUGUGAAAAACUUUACCUCCCUCUUCUUCCUCUUCCUCCUACUUUUCAAGGUAUAUAUACAUAUAUCUUGUAAGUUUCUCGACGGUGUGCUUUUUUUUUGCUCCUUCUGGUCCAUCUUUCUCCUUCCGUUUGUUGCUUCCGCAUCCAUUCCACCAACUUUCUGCAGACAUUCACCCCCAAGAGAGAAGAAAGAGGGUGAAAAGACAUUGGACAAGAAGGACACAAAAAUGCAAUCUCCAGUGAAAUGGCUUUUCUCCAUCGUCCUAUGCAUCUCCACCCAGCAUAGCAUCAUCGCUAAUUGUGCUCCGGCAGAGUACGACCUGGACAAUGAGCAAGCGGAGGCACGUUAUGACCCCAGGCUGCUGUCCCAGGAGCUUCUGGGCUCCCAUUCACCUCCCAAACAGGGAGCUGAAGACUGUGUGAGCUCCAAUAGAAGAUAUGAACACGGAGAAAAGAUUUCUCGACGAGAUCCGUGUGAGGUGUGCAUUUGUGUUGACGGAGAGAUCUUCUGCUGGUGGAAACAGUGUCCUACUGAAAUUACAACAAUCGAACCUACAACAAGGAAUCGACCGCCACCCACGAAAAAACCACGAAAAAACCCUAAAGUUCCACCAAAAAAAGCCACAAAUUACCCUAAAAAGAAAAUCCUGACGUUCCCACAGAAUCUUCCAGUGCAUUUGUCUGAAUUGGAACUCCUAAAUGAGUCUGAUGGGACAAAUAUUACAUAUGCACCACCACCCAAGAUUUUAACAACACCUUAUCCAAUUACUACAACAGUAUUUACCACACAAAGUGCUACGGAACUUUCAGAUAACAUUACACAUUCUGAAAGUUUAAAUCAAGCACAGGAAGCAUCCACAGAAGCUUUUGUGGACACAACAGCCCCACGGGAGAAUGUAUAUUUUGAAAAAACCAUUGUCAAUCGCAAUGGUGUUUUUAUUGAGAAUAUUCGAAAGAUCACUGAAGUGGUCAAUAGGACAUUGGCACCGGAGCCACCUACAGAAGAAGACGAAGAACACGGGGCUAGAAAGAUAUCAAUUGAAGAUGAUGCACUCUCCAAGCAUUACAUAAUCACAUCUUCAGGUCGUAUUGAGAACAAUCCGGAUAGUGUAUUGGCUAGUGAGAGCGUUGUAGCUCAGUUCCGGAAUUCUUUCGAUUCUCAAAACACAACAACAUUACCGUUGAGAGUUUCUACAUCACCUACAACAUCCGAAGAUAUUGCUACAAUUUCCACGACCACGAUUGAGUCCUUCACACAAGCGCCGGAUGUAUCAACGACAGUUAGUGAAUCAACAACAUUGCAAUCGACAAUGCAAACGUCGACAGAGGCACCUCCGAAACUUAAGUGUAUCGUUAUGGGACAAUCAUACGAGGUGGGAACAGUUCUACCUCAAGAAACUGGAAAUUGUCUCCAGUGCAUCUGCAUUGCAGGAGCUACGGCCCAAGAUGCACCGAAAGUCACAUGCAGUCCUCACAAUUGCCCACCUCUUAUUUUGCCUGACCUUUUCGAUACAACGGGCUACUAAAAGAGCACUCGCCGAGGAAUCCAUCCCCGGAAAAGGUUCAAAAACAAGAUGUAAAAGGACGCAGAGAAAAUGUUACAAGAUGUUUCAGUAUAGUUGAAUGUCAGAAAUUAAGGAAAGUUGCCCGGUGUCCGAGGACAAACAUCCUACCAGAGGGUUUGAUGUAAAACACCAUUUGAAAUUUUAGUCAGAUAUGCUGUAAAAUUUGUUAUUCUUUUGAACUUCUUCUACGUUAAAUUAACUACACUAAAUUAAAUUUAACUAAAAUGUUAAAUUCAUUGAAUUGAUAAAUUUAUUUAUUCACCCAAAGUUAAAAUAAAUGGCAUAAAUUACUAGCAGACUUUUUGUCAUGCUCAAUCACAGGUUAAAUGUUUUGUUGAAAAAAUGAGCAUUUGCAGCAGAAUGGUGAGCAAUAGCACAGAAAAAAAAACUGCCGACAAAAAUAAUUUAUAAUUGCGAAUCACUCAAUGAUGAAUAUAGCAAAUUACCCAAUUAGUUUGUUAAUUAGUCUAAUUAUUAAAACAGAUUUCACCCUCUUGUAUCCUGUUUUUCCGCACCAGUUAAAUACACAGAAUUUAAUUAAUGCAUUUCAAAAUAAAAACUUUCUCUCCCAGUUCUUUCAGCAUAAAUGAAUGCAGAAAAAAUGGUAGCACAUAAAGAGAAUCAUUCCCAUAGUAUGUUCUUUUUUUUUAAUUUGAAUAUAUAUGACAACGUUUCAGAAUUUAAUUACUGAAAAAUAUUUUAGUAAAAAAUAAUUACAAAUAAUUGCAAUGGGUUCGGUUAAUUUGAUUUUCAGAUUGAAAUAAUCACGAAACAAGCGUAUUGACGCUGUCUACAUGGCCGCUAAAUUAUUUAAUUAAAUAUUUUUCUACAAUAUUCGCUAUUUCUUUUAUGUACAUAGUUCUCGGAAAACAAAUAUCAAACGUGAAUCAGGAAAAUUUAAUAAAAACUUAAUAUGAAAGAGUAAAUAAAUAAAUACUAAACUGGUCGAAUUGAAAUAUGAUUUUAAAUUCUCUUUCAAAAUCAACCACAAUAAUUAAAUUGAAAUUGAUAUUUGCCCUCCCUUUUUUGCACGCACUCCCUUGUCAUUAUUUAUCACUCUCGACGCUAAAAUUGCACGAACUGCAUUAAAUUAGCAAUAUUUGAUUAUUUAUUAUUAAAAAUAAAUAGUAGACGGUGUACUUUCGGUCACUGGGGUUCUGUUUGUGGCCAAUAAUGGCUCUCACGGGUGAAAUAAAUGUGUUUUAAUUUUUGCGCCAAAAAUCGGAUAUUUUGUAGCGAAAACUAAUUUCAAGAGGGAAAAUGUUUUUUUUUUGCAACAUCAAUAACUGAGUCAAAGUUUAAAUAGCGUAAUAUGCAGCAUAAGCUUUAAGUUGGAAAAAAUUACAGAAUAUGUACAGUGGCAACAAUUUAAACAGGGACAAUGCAUCCAAUGUGCUGGACACACCUACACCUUAAGCCGAAAGACAGAUUAACGUAAUUAUAAUCAAAAUAAUGAUUAGACUAUAUUUACAUCAGUUCCUCGCUAAGCUGACUCUCGGCUUAAACCAUGAGUUUGCCUAUCAGGGCAUAAAACUCUCAUAGGCGACGAAAAUUUCAUUUGUUUUCGUAAUAACAAAAGAUGAAGACACCAAAGCAGUCUUUAGACUAGAGGUUAAGCCUAGUUCUCGAAGGUCUCAAAAUCUUAAAUAGUGAGCAAUUUUAUUGCCUUUUGAGAACUUUAUAGGUCAUUUAGCUUUAAUAAUCCAAUCCUAAGUUGAAUUUUCCAAAAAAAUCGCAAUUGGUAAGAAAUUAAAGCAAAUAAGUCAUAUGCAUAAGCCUUAUGUCCUAGACACACUUACGACUUAAGCCGAGAGACGACUUAGUGGAAAAUGAUGGAAAUGUAGUUUAACCAUUAUUUCUAAUAUAAUUACGCUAAGUCGUCUCUUGGCUUAUCCUCAGGUCUGUCAAGGCCCUUAGGUUUGAAGCUCGUAUAAAGGCCUCUACACAUUAGAAGCAAUUUUCGUCAAAAAUUGUAUUUUUGACAGACUUUUGACGAUAUAACACCUGCAAAUGAUUUUCUUAAAAAAAAAACAAUUUUUGAGGAAAAUUGCUCCUAAUGUUUAGAGAACAUAAUGUAUUAAAAAAUUAACCUCAAAGUCUAUUUUCCUAGACAUUAAUACAUGUAACAGAAAUCCAAUUUCCAAACGGUGUUUUUUUCACAUAAGUUUCUAAAGGAAAAAACCACCGAGUUCAUCGGCCAAGAGAAGGAGUCACCACGACUUUGUCGCUUCCCAGAAGAUUGCACAUCACCCUCGACUUCAGUCCAGAAUAGUAGUUAUCAGUGACUAUAUAUUUCCCCAAUGCAAUGUUCAAGAAAGAGAGUUAGAAUUUGCAUACAUUUAGGGACAUGUGGAGCGUACGGCUUAUUCGACACAUGUCAACCUAAGUCGAUGUCUGUAACGUAACGGCUGUAUCCCACCAAUCCUAAUCCUUUAUUCCUUUGACAUGCCCAACCCAUACCAUCCUUAUCGGUGCUAAAAGGUUGCUUUGGGGGCUCUUACUGUUAUACUGGUUUCAGGCGUAAGGCUUAGCCAUAUGGCUUAUUCGCUCCAAUUUCUUACCGUUCAAGAUUUCUUGGAAAAAUUUAACUUGGGAUUGGAUUAUUAAGAACAAAUGAUCUAUUACAUUCUAAAAAUCAAGUAAAAUUCUUUAUUAUUUAGGAUUUUGAGACCUUCGAUAACUCGGCCAAGCCUCUAGUCUGAAGAACGUUUUAGGUCACUGUCCUCAGUCUUCAGUGAGUGAGCAUCAGUCGCUGUGAACAGUUCACUCUCAUGAAGUGAAAACUGGGUGGCACCUACAAUUCUCCAAUUUCCCUCUAUAAGUUUGUAAUUUUAUUCAGGUGAGCCCCAUCAGGGCUUACAGGUAGGGUAAAGUGAUAAAAGUUGGACACGGCUUUUUUUUUCUUGAUAAAUUUAGUACUUCAUUUUAAUUUGUAUAUUUUUAAUGCUUUAGUUUUAUAAUUUGAUUCCUUAUGCUUAAAAAAAAUAGUACUGUAUCAAGAAAAAAUCCCUGUCCAACUUGUACCAGCGAAUUGUCCAACUUGUAACACUAUGUCCAACUUGUAUCACUUUACCCUAUUUCAAAAAUGAUUUCACAAAUUAGCUUGUAAUGAUAUACAAAGGUUCAUAAAGUGUAAUUGCAUAAUCCAAUCAUACACACAGAAAAAUGGAAAAUUCUUAAACAGAAACACCCAGGAAUUUAAUUUCAAAUCCCAUCCAAUGAAUGCCGAUACCCUAAUCCUAAAUCCUUGAUCAUUUAGUAUAAUGAUACUAAGAAUUUCUUUCAAAGCGGAACUCGUUGUAAGUUUUUUUUUGUUAUCUUCCCAUAAAUUCGAAUAUUUGAAGAAAUUCCAAACGCUCUAGCGCUCGCAAACCCUGCCUUCGUUUCUUUAUUUUCAAUGGGUUCUAAAAUUUUUGUUGUUAUAGGGUAAAUUAAGCUAAUUCAAAACCUGCUCCAAAUGGAAAUUAUACGCUACUCCAAAUGGAAAUGUAAUUUUUUUCAUGAUAAAUACAGCACUAAUUUAUUAUAUUAUAUUUAUAUAUUUUCUAUAUAACACAGUUUCAUUAUUUAGUUAAUUUUGCUCCAAAUAAAGCGAAAAUCCAUUCAUAUUCACAAAUUUUAAUUUGUUAAUUUCUCGGAAAAAUUAAAAGUGUACCUUUUCACCAUCGACCAUGUUUUCUAAUGAAAAACACAAUGAGGUGACUGUUGUUUAUUCGUUUUGUUUAACAUUUAUGUCAUAUUUCUGGCUAAUUUUAGUUAAAUUAAGUGCUAAUCUUUAUUGUUAACGGCACGUGAAGUUUUCAGAUGAAAUAAUUGCCUAUUUCGUGAACAAAAAGGGUUUUUCUGAAGUGUCUGUUAAUGCUUCAAUAGUAAACCCCGGAAAUAUGAUUUUUUUGGAGAGAUUUUCUUAUUAUUUUAGAUAGGAAAGGAGAAAGACCAGGAAUAAGAACAAAUCCUGCACUCAAGAACAACACAACAAGAUUUUGGAAGCCUUUCGUCGCGGUUUCAGUUACACUGUUUGUCUCCAAUAAGAAACUUUCCCUUGUCUCCAUUUGGAUUAAUUUGUUUCCAAUAAAAGCAUUUCACGCUCGCGUAUUUUUCUUGUAUUUAAGAAGUUUUUAAAUUAUAUCUAAAGAAAUUUCACUAAACAGUAACAUUCUAGAAGAGUCAAGGAGCAAAUUUAUGUAAUUCUCUUCAGAAAAAAUAUGAACUCAAUGUGUUAAAUUCUUUGAAAUUCAGGAAACCCUCUUUAAGCUGUUUCUAAAUGAUACAUGUAGAAAAAUAAUUUUACAUGGAAUAAUAAAAAUGUUGAAAAAAAAUCUUUAAGGUUAAGUCAUUCUAUAUUAAUUUUUUCGUCAUCUUUUUAUACACUGACAGAAAUCCGAAAAAGUUAAAAUAACAUUCUGGAAAUGUUAAUUUUACCCUGCAAAAUCGGUGUAAAUAUUACCCUUUUUAGGUGUAUUGGGGGUUAAAGUUACCCUUUUUCAUAUUAAUUUUACCCUUAAAAAGGUGUAAAUUAACAUUAAAAAAUGUUGAUAUAUUUUUACACCUAAAAAGUGUUAAAAUUAUGAGGAAAAACAGUUAAUCGCACCCUCUUUUUUCUCAGUGUAAGGAUAAAAUUACAUUUGCGUAUCAAAUGUAGUUUUUGGAGUUUUUGUAUCAUCAAAGUUAUUCAGAGGUAUUGUUCCUAAUUAAAUUGUUGCCACUGUAUGAAUUGUGUCCUUUUUUAUGCAUCAAAAGAGGCAGAGAACUUUACUGAAACUGAUCUAAUUUUUUUAUCAAAUGAAAAGGCUCCUAGAACCAAGUCUAGCAAAAAAGUUAUCGGAUGGAUAAAGAGGCAUAAUUCCUGCAAGAAAUAAAAUUCAAUGCAUAUAAACCCCAUUUCAAUAAAUAAAAAUUAAUGAGAGAAUCAAAAGAGAAUGGGAUAUUUUCUCUUACGGAGAAGAAAGUGUUUCAACGUGUUUUUAUUGAAAGAAAAUUAUACUUCAAAAUCUGUCUCUAUCUUCCCCCUAUUAAAUUGCAAAAAAAAGAAUUAUAGCGAAAGUUUCUUACAGAAUAAAAAACAAGAAAUAUUAGAAAAUAGACGACCACAUAUACAACAAAAUUUCUCGCUAAGAAUCAAUGUAAUCUAUUAGAAAUGGACUUAGAAAUUGAUAUACAACUUACUAUAUUUUUAACUAAAUAUAAAAAAAAAUGAAAGGAAAACCCUAAUUAAUCCUUAGAUAUAAAUAAAGUAAUAUAUAUAUUCAGCGGAGAUGGAGGAUCUUGUAUUAAAAAAAAGGUAGAAUUUAUAAAUGUGAUUAAUAAAAAAAAAACUAGAUGAAAUAGAGAAAUAUCAUAAGAAAACAUUUCAACAGAAUUAAUUGGUGAUUGUGAAUUUAUUUAUCAGUAUUUAACAUUCUACCCUGAAAAAUAUAUAGCAUGGAAAUUCUUCCCCCAACGCCCCAACAUAUCGAGAAAAAAUCCCUAAAAUCAUCCAAUUUUCUUCUUUCGGAAGAAAAUUCAGAGAAAAUUCAAGAAUUGAGACACAUAUUCAAAACUGUUAGGUAGAUAAUUUUGAAUAUUUGACCAAAGAGAAAAAGAGCAGAUAAAAAGUGAAAAAAUAUUAUAUUGUUGCAUUUAAAAGUGAUUGAGAAAAAAAACUUUUUUGAGAAGAAAAUAUAUAAGUGAAAGUGUAUUGAACAAUUUU